AUGACAGCCGGUGCGACAAAACAAAGCGUCAUUAAUGAUGCAAGGAAGUCCAAGAUGAAGCAUAUCAAUCAAGACAGUCAGCGUCGUAUUCGCAGAGAUUUUCAACAAAAGGAAACCAAGAAACCAACUGAAGAAGGGAAUAAUUGCUUUUUGGACUUUAUAUCCAACAUGCUGAGUCCUUUCCGAAAGGAAGAUAUUCUGGAAGAAGUUCAGACUACAAAUUUCAGCAAACAAGAUAUGAAGCAAAGCGUUUCAGAAAUCUUUGACGGAAGUCGCAGAAUUGACAUUGAUACAAUUGAAGAAUCCCCAGAAGACUUGGAAUCUUCUCAGACCAAUUUGCAGACUGUUCACGGUGAUGGUAAUCCGAACAAUACAGAGGAUCAGGCAACAACUUAUGAGGACGUAGCUGAUGGAUAUACAGAGGGAGGCAAAUUUGAGGAAGCCAUGAAGUCUUACAAACAAGCGUUAGAAAUCCGACUAUUGACUAUGGGAAAGGAUCACCUCGUCGUUGUAGGUACAUACAACAAAAUCGCGAGUAUCUUUCGUUGUCAACUUAAAUAUGAUGAGGCGCUGGAAACCUACGAGAAAGUUCUUGCGAUUCGACUGAAAAACCUCGGAGCCAGCCAUCCCGAUACCGCCAAGACAUUGAAUAGCAUGGCCAAUGUCCUCAGCCGUCAGGGAAAAUUUGACAAAGCCAUGGAGAAAUAUCAGCAAGCAUUGAAGAUUCGAAUCAAGGCCUUUGGUUGGGAUCACUUGAUCACUUCCGACACCUACUGUAAUAUUGCGGGGGUGCUGUACAAUCAAGGCAAAUUAGAUGGAGCCAUGAAGAUUCAUCAACUGGUUCUUGCUAUUCGAUUGAAAGAAUUAGGCCGUGAGGAUCCCGAUAUUGCUGAUACUUACAACAAUAUUGCUUGUAUAUGCUAUGAUCUGAAAAAAUUCAACGAGGCCCUGAAGCUGUACAAGCAAACCAUGGCGAUUCGAUUGAGGACUGUUGGACCGGACCAUCCAGAUUCUGCAACGACGAAUUACAAUACUGGCAAUGUGCUGAGAAAGUUGGGGAAAUACGAUGAGGCCAUGGCCAUGCACCAAAAAGCGUUGAAAAUUCGACUCGAGACGACUGGGAAAGAUCAUGCAGACACUGCUGAUACCUAUCGCUGCAUGGCUAUCAUCCUUCAAAAUCAGGGCAAAAAGCAGCAAGCCCGAGAAAUGUGUCAAGAGGCAUUGGAGAUUCGGCAAAAAUGCCUGGGGCAGGAUCAUCCAGACACAACCAAGGCGCAAGAACUUUUGGACAAACUUUGUGCCUGA